GAAUUUUGAGCAUGCACCGUCUGGCGCCUAAGGCUGCGCGCGCGGCGAGCGCGACGUCGCGCUCGCUGUCGACAACGACGCCGGCACGAUUUAGCGCGACCACCCCCGCCCUUGCUCUCAAUCCCAAUGCACCCGACGUCCCCGACUUUGCCCAGAAGAAGCGGGAACGGAAGCGCGCUGUGCCCGGCAAGGUCCCCGACAAGAAUGUAGGCAAGGACGCACGGAAACACGCCUUCCACCCUUCACCGCAUGCGCCGGCGAAGGCUCCCAUCUUUCAGGAGUGGCACGUACCGGAGCUGGUAGUACCAACGAUCCAAACGGUCAAGAAGGCGCCGGGCGCGGGCGCGUUCGAUACCAGCCGUGCGGAGCACCCCUUCAACCACUUUGGGCUUCCGAAGAAGCAAAUUGCAGAGUUCCGUCUGCUGUCGAAGCCGGCGUCGGUCGUACGCGAGAUCACAACGUUCACGCGGGACUUGCUCGACAAGGCUGCCAAUGGGACGUCGGGGGAGAACCACCGGCUGGCGAUUACUGGCGCCACGGGUUCGGGCAAGUCCUUCUUGCUCCUCCAGGCCGUAGAUUACUGCGCGGCGAACGGCUGGGUAGUCCUGUACUUCCCGAGAAGUUAUAAUCUCGUCAGCUCAACGACGGCGCACGUCUACGAUAUCCGAACACGCACAUUUGCCCAACCUAACUACGCGUACGGCACUCUCAAACGUCUUAUCGCCACCAACGCACCUCAGCUAGCUAAGCUGCGUACCACCCGCGCUCACGCCUCCGCGUCCCACCGCUUUGACGUCCCUGAGGGCACUCCGCUCGCCGAGCUCGCGCGUCUGGCACUGAAGGACCAGCCCAUGACCCUCGCCCCUGUCGCGCUUGACAUGCUGCUCGAGGAGCUAGGGAAGCAGGAGGACGUGCCCGUUCUCGUUGCGGCCGACGACAUGCAGGCGCUGUGCGGGCAGACCUUGUACAAGGACCCGCAGUUCCGCUCGAUCGCUGCAUGGCACUUGGGCAUGCCGCGGUUGCUUUUGGAGUUCGCAGGUGGGAUGCGCAAGUUCAAGCGCGGUGCGUUUAUAGGCGCGGUAACGAACUCUGAUCCGCUCUUCCCCGUCCCUGCGGAGUUGCUCGAUGCGUUCGAGAUGGAGAGGUCAUACCCUGCGAGCCCGUACGACUGCCGCCGCCCCGAAGUGAUGGAGUACAUCGACGGUAUCAUGCAGCUGCGUGUGCCCGAGCGCUUCAACAUCGAAGAGGCCAUGGCACUCUACGAGCUCUGGGCUGGCGCUGCGAACGUCGGCGCGCCGGCUUCCAAGACCGCCGACAAGAAGGGUAAGGCAAACGAGAACACGAAGGGGAAGAAGGGCGCGGAGGCCGCCGACCUCGUUCCCGAGGGCCCUCGCUUGCAGAUGCGGGGCGGUGUCGCGCUAGAGGGACCUACGGAUGAGGGCUUCUUGCAGCGCUUCACGGAGAGCGGCGGGAACCCGCGCGCGUUUGUGUGGCAGGGUGUGUUGGGCAGCUUGCAGACUUCGACGGCUGCGAUCCAGGCGACGUCGGGUCCGGUUCUGCUUGGGGUCAACGGGGCUGCUGGAAUUGAGCAGGCUGCUGCUACGAGCCCUCCGCCGCCACCGCCGAUGACGGCGGGCCCAGCAUGAUAGACGUCUACGGCUGCUACUGCAAUAUACUCUACUCAUUCCAGCUUACUUUGGUGUGACCCAAUUUUGACGUCUUUGCGAUGCUCAAUUGAGAUGCUCAGGCU